UAAGCUAAAUCGCUCUCUCUCAUUCUGUCUCUCUCUCUCUCUUUCUUCCUCUCUGUCGCUUGCUUGCUUGCUCGCCUGCUGGCUGUUUUCUCUCACGCACGCACACACUAAUAAACAACUAUUUGUGUUUGUUUUCCCCUUUUCAAACUGACCAGUGAAUGAAAGGGACAAUGGUACAGAAUCGGUUAAUGAAUGCCAGUCUUCAGGGCGACAUGGACGCACACGGUGAAAUUUUAGAAGCUGUAGAAGUUCAAAGAGAGCACCAUGAAGACUGAAAGAGAGGGAAAACAAUAUCCCCUGCCCUCGCUGCUCCAGUCCUGCGGUUGACGGCAGAGUCGAUCCACCAGCAGUGACUGGCGGAACAGUCUCAGUUGGAGAAAGCAGCUUGUCAGUGGGAGGUAACCUACACGAUGCCCCCUCCUGAACUUAUCAAUUCAUCGUCCGUCCGUGCUGCGCCCGGCGUUUUAUUUUGGUACGAAAAUGCUGAGCGCACUGAGGCACUGUAAAGCGCACCGAUGGAUACAGCCUGCUUGCGCGUCUUGGAACGGGUUAUUUUGUGAAGCAGCCUAAAACACACGGCAGUCCACAAGAGAGAGAGGGGAAGCCUGGACUUGGACAACCACCCAUUUGUGGAUAAUAACCCUAAAAUAAAAAAUAAUAAUUAAAAAAAAAGCAAAAAACAACAACAACAACAAAAAAAAACCCUUACCCCGGUGUGUGUCACAUCAAUGGAGAGGCGAGGGUCGAAUAUCCGAAAUAUACAGCGGGGGCGCAGAAGUGAUGACAGCCUUUGAUGAACCAUAACUCCCGUCCAGACAAGGUGAGAUCAAAGCUCCGUUCGGAAAACAUGUAAGAAUAGCGCUUUUGGUGUAUAAGGAAGGCUCUUCACACUUGGGAGCCGCUGCCUGAAUUUGUGAUGGGGUUUUAAAGGCUUCUGAAGGAUACCGCCUGGAAUUUUUUCUUCCGAUGCUGCAUCCCAGAAUAACGAAUUUCCCUCUUAAAUAUGGAGAACGGAGCAAUCUGAAGAGAGAGAUUAUCUCUAAUCGUGACAACUUUAUCACUUCUCCAACCUACAGGAUACCCUUUCAAUCACUGUACUGCGGAACUUCUUUUAAUCGGUAAAACCAGGAGGGGGAAGAGAAAUAAGCAUAUUGAAAUCCGCACUGGGCUGUGCGGUGAAAUUUAAUCAGGGCUGAUAGCUAAGAAGUAUAGGGACUUGAUGAAAAGUUACAUUUGACACGUAGGCGAGCAGUCGGGUUCUUAAAAUAACCCCACCUUAACAGCUCAACGUAUGGAUGAUGGUCUACCUUAAGGUCUACAUGAAGGGCUUUAAGAGCAUAUAAUUGAGAUCAGAGAGAAAAUAAAAAGUCGUCACUUGGAGAAAAUCUUGGACCACAGUGGGCAUCGCUUUGCCACGAGUUGUUUCAACAAUGGCACUUGUGGGUGCCUUCUGAAAUGUGCGUCUUGAAAAGGGGGGAAAUAUCGGAUGCAUUAUCAUCACUGUGAGAGUUAAUAGCAUUGCAUCCGGACUAAUGUGUGGAUUACAUACCAAGUCGUGUUGAGAUGUGGAAGAAAAUGAAUGUGAAAAGGAAAGGUAACAAAGGAUUCUCCAAAACUGCCUGAGUAUUGCGGAUUUUUUUUUUCGAUGCAGUUUUUGCGGAGGCAGCGGAAGAAGGGCUGUUCUUCGUCAGCGGAGAUCUUCCAGACCUUGGCAUUUCUCUGUAAAUAAAUCCAGCAUUUUGGUGGAUUGAAAGUUAAUAUGUGGAUGAUUAAAACCCCUUGGAUCUUGACUGAGCUGGCAGUGGGCCAAAAUCCUCUUUUAAGAGAGUGAAAGACCAGUCAAUGAAUUAUGAAUGUUAAACAAGAUGACCUCCUCUCAGCAGCAGCAGAUGAUGCGAGGUCCUAGGUGGAACCGGGCCUUGUCCGACCCUUUGUUUGUUCUGCUCCUGGCCCUCCAGCUGCUGGUGGUGGCAGGACUGGUUCGCGCUCAGACGUGUCCCUCUGUCUGUUCGUGCAGUAACCAGUUCAGCAAAGUCAUCUGCACGCGCAGAGGCCUGCGGGAUGUUCCUGAUGGCAUCUCUACCAACACACGCUACUUGAAUCUGCAAGAAAAUCUCAUUCAAGUCAUAAAAGUGGACAGCUUCAAACACCUAAGACAUCUAGAGAUUCUACAGCUGAGCAAAAACCACAUACGCAAAAUUGAGCUUGGGGCCUUCAAUGGACUGGCCAGCCUCAAUACCUUGGAGCUAUUUGAUAACCGCCUCACCACCAUCCCAAAUGGGGCUUUUGAGUACUUGUCCAAACUAAAGGAGCUUUGGCUAAGGAAUAACCCCAUAGAGAGCAUUCCCUCCUAUGCUUUCAACAGAGUGCCCUCAUUACGAAGGCUGGACCUUGGGGAGCUCAAACGGCUCAACUACAUAUCUGAGGGGGCCUUUGAAGGGCUGAGCAAUCUGCGCUACUUAAAUCUGGGAAUGUGCAAUCUGAAGGAAAUUCCCAAUCUUAUUCCCCUAGUGAAGCUGGAUGAACUGGAAAUGUCAGGAAAUCAGCUAUCUGUCAUCCGGCCUGGUUCAUUUAAAGGCCUUAUACACUUACAAAAGCUGUGGAUGAUGCAUGCCCAGAUCCAGACCAUAGAAAGGAAUGCUUUUGAUGACCUGCAAUCACUUGUGGAACUCAAUCUGGCCCACAAUAACCUUACCCUCUUGCCCCAUGAUCUCUUCACUCCUCUACAUCACCUGGAGAGGGUGCACUUACACCACAACCCUUGGAAUUGUAACUGUGACAUCCUCUGGCUAAGCUGGUGGCUUAAGGAGAUGGUACCCGCAAACACCAGCUGCUGUGCCCGCUGCAGUUCACCUCCUCACCAUAAGGGACGCUACAUUGGUGAGCUGGACCAGAAUUACUUUCACUGUUAUGCUCCUGUUAUUGUGGAGCCUCCCACAGACCUAAAUGUAACAGAGGGAAGUGCUGCAGAGUUGAAAUGCAGAGCCAGCUCUUUAACCUCAGUGAGCUGGAUUACACCCAAUGGUUCCAUCAUGACACACGGUGCAUACAAGGUCAGAAUCUCUGUGCUGAAUGAUGGCACACUGAACUUUACCAACGUUACCAUGCAGGACACAGGUACAUAUACGUGCAUGGUGAGUAAUUCUGCAGGUAACACAACAGCAUCUGCCACACUUAAUGUUUCCUCUACGGAAAGCAGUUUCAGCUACUUUACUACAGUGACAGUGGAGACAAUAGAAACCCCGCAUAAUGAAGGCUUCACCACUACUGUCCAACAGAAGGUUGGCCCCACACCCUCUGCUGGUACAUGGGAGUCUAUCUCACCAACCUCUACAACAACCACCACCGUCCGAACCGCACUCUCCACACGUGCCACAGAGAAGACUUAUACGAUUCCCGUCACAGAGGUGGGUGGUGAGGGAUUGCAGAAUGGCUUGGAUGAGGUAAUGAAGACAACCAAGAUCAUCAUUGGCUGUUUUGUUGCAAUCACACUCAUGGCAGCUGUCAUGCUUAUUAUCUUCUAUAAGAUGCGCAAACAACACCACCAGCAGAAUCACCAUGCACCCACACGCACUAUUGAGAUCAUCAAUGUGGACGAGGAUUGUGUAACAGGAGGCCCGGGCAUGGAGGGCCACCUUACUCUGCCUCCUCUUGAGCAUGAGCACCUCAACCACUAUAACACCUAUAAGACUGCAUACAACCAUGCCUCCACAAUCAAUUCUAUACACAGCUCAGCGCACGAACCUUUGUUAAUCCGGGCCAGCUCAAAAGACAAUGUACAAGAGACCCAAAUCUAAUACUUUUGUGAGACAUUUUAAAACUGAUGAAAUUACUUACAGGCAUUAUUGACAGAACAUUACUGACCUUUGGUUGCGAGGACUGCGGCUGACGCUCGGAAUAACAGACUUGUGUUUGGCAAAUCAGCGACUAGCAAUGUUAAUUCAGUGACUUUGGGAAUUAGAGUAUGUCUACUGUUUCAAAAAGUGUCUUUACAAAGCAGAAGUUAUUUAUUUAAGAAAAAAAUGUUGUGGUUAAAUCAAGAAAACUGUAUUCUGCAAUUAUUUUUUCAACACUUAAUUCAUGUGGGUUUUUUUCUUCUUUUUUCCUCGCAUAUCACAAAAUUGGUUUACUAAUAUACUUUCAACUUCUUUCAAAGAGGUGUCAAAAAACAUGAAACAAAGUAUUGUUCCUUUAUUGUUCUUUUUUUGGUAUAGCUGCCGAUUUUCGAUCAGAUGACACGGUAACCUCAUUUUCCCCAUUUAUCAAAGAAUCCUAGAGCACAUUAGUGAUUUUCUCAGCUGUGGAUUAAUUGAUGAAAUCUUUUGUUACCAUCUCUAACUGAGAUGGAUUAAACACUUGUUCAUCAUUUUGGAGUGAGUGACAGAACUGUCAGUGAUGGAAUCUGAUCAUUAUUCACCGUUUAAUUAUCUGUCACAUACAUUAGGCACUCUGCGCUGUCAUCAAUAGGCUGAGGACCUGAAAAGAGGGAAAUGCAUCCAUUUCUGCUACUGUAAAAGUUGAAGCUCACUACUAGAAGGACAGUUUUGUUAAAUUAAAUACUGUUGAUCUAUAUGUCUUUGUGUUUCUAUUGUAUAUGUAAAAUUUAAAAUGAUCCCUGAUCUCAAAUUUGUCUUGACAAAUCUCAUUAUUAUACAAAGCAUAUAAUAAAUUGCAUUAAGAACCAUUGAAAUUCUGAAGGUCAUGCAACAGAAGCAGCAUUAACACGUACUUUAGAAAGAACAUAAUUAUGACUGGAGAGGAUGGGAAUAAUGCCUGUGCAGAUGUACAUGACCUCAAAUUCUGGCAAAAAGCCCACUGCCUCAGAAUAUUUCCAGUGUAUCAUGGCUUCACCUUUACCUUGCAGUGCUGUGUAGUGUUGCAUAUGAAGAUGAUUGCUUUGAAGCCCCAUUUUCAUGCUGGGACCCCUUACCUCAUCUGCAGUACUGCAGGAGUGCUGUCAGAAGUAGACUGAUGAGCGGAAGAAAGAGCUUAAACCCUUUAUACAGCUGUCUGAGCACAUUGCCUGUCAUCUUUGUGCCAUAUUUCCACAUGGGCAGUGCCUGGCAGUCCCAGAUUCACACCCUGCUCCCGCCAACCACAGAACUUGUCCCUGAGUGGCAAGGCUUAGCUGCAAGAGGCUUAUGGGGUGAAUGUGUGGGAUCGGGCAUCAACCAGAUGUUUGGGUUGCACCUGACUCUCUCCCACGUUGUUAGUGACAACACAAUUUACAUUUUAAUUGAUGUGCCCGUGGGCUUUGGAUGGGCACAGCUCUGCUGCCAUCCAUACCCUGGAAAGGAUUUCAAAGUCCCAAAUGUUAUGAAUGGUGCCAAGCACCAUAAAUGCAGUGGUUAUGCAGACAUUUGAGAUGACACCAGGUUUAUUUUUAGCAAGUUGACUGUGGUUUUUAUUCAACAGAAAGAUAUGCAAAAAAGUUAGGCCACUCUAAUUCUUAAUUCAGUUUGGGGUUUUUUUGUGUUUUUUGUUUUUUACACUUGCAGUAAUGCAAUCCAGAAAGGAAUGCCUCUAUUACAGAUGAUGUCGUGUGCUUUCUGUGGAUUCACCAUGCAUAUCAUUUAAGUAAAAACUGGCACUCCACUCAGAAUUUGAAACAUUUGUCCUCUAUUAGUUCAAAACAUGUCUGGAAAAAAAAUAUGAAAACAGUCCACCGCUGUGGUCACUCUUAGAUUAUUGAUGGUUACACUGGAUUUAAAUGGUGGCAAUAGGUGUUUUAAGUUCUGAAAGCUAUUCAGAAUAAUGAUUUAAGAAGUGAAAGAUUUUCUGUGGGAUUUUCUUCAAAAUCAUUUACAUAUUUUACAGAAAAUAUAGCAAAAAACAAUGAGUUUUCCUCUCAUUUUUUGUGAGCAACACUAUCAAGAUAACAAGCAGCAAUGUCUAUAGGUCUGCAUGUUACACCAGCUGUUUCACAAAAACACGGGCUACCACAGGUUAAAAAACAAACAAACAAACAAACAAAAAACCCCACUUUCUACUAUACAAGCUUGUAUACUAUACAGGCCUCAUUUAAAACUUCCAGAAAGCCAAGCAAAAUCAACCAGUUUUUUACAGAAGUUUUAAAAGAAUUCACUCUCAUUCAAGCAGUUAUGUGUCACUAUGAAUAAAGGCAAAUUAACAAAAUGGCUUUAAAUGGACAUAAGUGCGAACCUUUUACAGCCAAUACAGAUUUUAGCUUAAAUUAAAAAAUGAAUAAAAUGCUGCACCCCUUAGCUUAAUGCAUAGAGUAUGGAGAUUAAAUGAGAUACAGUGUUAGUUUGCCUCAGAACAAUAUGAUCUAUGCUUGAUUCACACAAAGCUUUUAUUACCUGGGGUACCUGAUAUAUGUAUUACAGUUGCACAUAUUCUAUAUUUUAAUUAAUUCAUAAUCUGUAGUGUUAAAAAAAAUCCCACACACGCACCUCAGCACUCCACACACACGCACACACACACCCUAUGAUGCAGAGUAUAUUUAAGAAUAUUAAUUAUACUAAUUUUAUUUUCACAGCUUUUUUUCUCUGCCAGAUAAGGAAUUAUGAUGGUUUAAGAUGAGCACCAUUUGAGAUGCAAGUGGUUAUUGUAUCUAGUUAAUAUGAAGGCUUACCGUGUAUUUCAAGGUGUUUUGUUAACCAAGACAGUUCUGAUGUGCUGUGUACAACACAGAUGUGGGGAAUACUGUAGAUUUCUAAAUAAAAUGAGGUCACUGGGUAUUUUAGUCCAGACUUAAUGAAUGAUUCCCCUUUAUUUUUUUCCAACAACUGGACAGGAUUCACCCCAUAAUUGCCCUUAUGUGGAGACUGGCACAGUUGUAAACCAUAUUGUGCGUGUGUGUGUGUGUGUGUGUGUGUGUGUGUGUGUCAUUCUCUGUUUCAGUUCAUACUGGCAGGCAGGGGAUCACGAUUCUCCGCAGUUUAUGUUGAGAGUGUAACCAUCUUUCCCUUCUGCCUUUAGUUGGAGGUAAACUGUCUGAAAAUUUCAAUGGUAACUUUGUUGCAUUUUAGUCAAGCUGUCUCAUGUGUGUAAGAUAUCUAAAAUAUUUUUGUCAAUAUUCCUUUUUUUCACAUCCUUUUCUUUUUCUGAGAAGGAAUGCUGUUCUAGUGGUAGAUUUAUAUAAAAUACAUUUUGAGAAUAAAACAUAACAAAAACAAAAAUUUUUAAAUUUUGAUUUUACAUGUGCCAACAACCUGUUCGAAAAGUGAAAAAAAAGAUAAAUAUGUUGUAAAAGAAUAAGAGAUCGAUUUUCAUGUAAGCAUUCUUUCAUGACCUUUAAAAGAUAUGGAGAUCGAUUAUAGAGACCAGUUUGUAGUUCAUACACAAAAUAUGGUUCAAAUAAACUAUUGUUGUUUUUCUGUAUUGUCUGA